AUGGCUCAAUUUGAGUUUCCACAACUUCCUCACAUAAAUGAUCCGAAUCUAGAAAAUAAUGCGUUAACUCAUCCAAGCAUAAACAGACACAAUAACAUAAAUGAUAAUCCAUGCAUCACUUUCCACCGUCUCCGCUUUCUAGGCCACUUCUCGUUCUUAAUGCAACUGACAAACGACAUCUUCCACCGGUAUCCAACACACAACGCGCGUCAGCUCCAAAAAUUAGUUGACACAAUUUCUGCUCGUAGUCAACUUGCUGAAUUCGCGUUGGGAACACAACUUGAUUCAAAGAUUUGCGCAUCUAUUACGCCAGAAAAAGUUCGCGCCAAUCAGCGAAUCUUAUCUGAUUGUUUUUUGGCAUACAUUGGCGCCAUGUAUUUGGAUAUUCGCGAAACAAGGAAAGGUGGAAUGUGUGACGAAGGGGGUGAAAUUGGAUUGUUUGUGAAAGGUUUGGUAGAUUGUUGGCUAUGGCAAAGGAUUUCAUUUAGUCCAGUUGUGACGAUCAUCAGCAAUCAGAUUAAUAGUUAUCAUGCAAAUGGUAAUGACAACGAGAUCAAGUUUGGGAUUAUGAAUACCCAACAUAUCAAUGAAAACGCUCACGAGGAUGACGAAGGCAGCGAGAGUACAGUCUCCAGUAAUGAGACUAGAAAUCACGCAGUCUACGCUACCAUUCGCCAUAUAUUUAGCGAUAUAAGCUCUGUAGAGACUUCCUUAAACGGAGAUAGCUCUGAAGAUGGCACGAACGGUGAUACCACUCUAAUCCAAAAUGAUCAUUUACUACGAAUCAGCAAUCAAUAUUGGAGACGAUAA